GGUAAUUUGCAUCCGCAGUCCUGCAAACAUGGGAAAGAUCAUCUUUUAUGAGGACAGGAACUUCCAAGGUCGCUGCUAUGAGUGCAGCGGUGAUUGUGCCGACCUUCACUCGUACUUCAGUCGAUGCAAUUCUAUCCGUGUUGACAGUGGUUGUUGGAUGCUGUAUGAACGCCCUAACUAUUUAGGACACCAGUACUUCCUGAAGAAGGGAGAAUAUCCUGAUUACCAGCAGUGGAUGGGAUUCAGUGACUCCAUCAGAUCUUGCCGUGUUAUUCCACAGCAAAGAGGACCCCAUAAAAUAAGGAUCUAUGAGAAAGAGGAUUUUAGGGGACAGAUGCUGGAGGUUCUUGAAGAUUGUCCUUCUGUCUUUGAUCUCUUCAAAUACCAUGACAUCAGCUCCUGCAAUGUGCUUGAAGGCCACUGGAUCUUCUAUGAACAGCCCAACUACAGGGGAAGGCAAUACUUUCUGAAGCCUGGUGAAUACAGGCGCUUCACCGACUGGGGCUCCCUCAACGCCAGGGUGAGCUCUUUCAGAAGAGUCCUUGAUGUCUGCUAAUUCAACAGCCGCAUGCAGAUUAUUUUCUCUUCUUCAUGAAAUAAUAAACAAGUAAAGCAAA